AUGAAGUGUUUCCCUGUGAAAACGACACUCAUUAUCUCUACCAAAGGAGGACUUUAUCAUUGCACUUGGCCACACCCACCGCUUUCCACUGAGGGCGGAGUCUCGGGGUGCCUCCACGCUAUUGGUCUCCUGGCGAGGGAGCCCCCAUGUCCCCCCCGACCCCCUGCACAGAGUGGCGCUGUACCGGCCGGACCUGGACGGCCUGGCGGUCCUGUGCAACGAGACCACGCGCAGGUGGCACUACCGAUUCGCUGGCCUGGACGGCUGCCGGAGCUACGUGGCGUGUGUGGAGAUGGCGCUCGGCCCCGCGGUCCUGUGCCUCACCGCGCUCACCGAUCCCGACGUGCCCAGGAACUUCAGGGUGACCGCUUGGGACAGCAACAGCGUGACCGUGGGAUGGGACUGCCCCCCGAGCGACCCCGCCUCGGGCCUCACCGCCUUCCUGCUCAUGGUCUUCCACGUGGACGGCUCUGGCCACGUCCUGGAGGAGAGGAGCUUCAGACACACGCUGGGCAGCCCAGUGUUCACCGUGGGCAGCUUGCCUCCCUGUAGCAGGGUGCAGCUGGGGCUUCAGGUGGUGUGCCAGUCUACGGGCCAGUCCCGCCUCAGCAGGAUGGUCCUCAGCGAUGGAAACUCUGCAAACUCUGAAAUCAUAAACCUACACCAGUCCUCCUUUGGCUUCCACAACUAUACGGUGAGCUGGUUUGUGCAGAACAUCUCCUCCAUCUCCAGCUUUAAGCGUCUGCUAAAUGAAUGUAAUGUGUACCACCAGGGGGAGCUCCAGAGCUCCACGCUCCUCACCUGGCACACGGUGACAGGCCUGCUUCCCUGCCACCAGUACAGCUGCAGGGUGGAGGCCCUGUGUGGGGACAGCACGGUCAUGAGCGUUAGCACCAUCCAGACAAAAACAGGCACUGGUGAAGUGUUGGAUCUCGGAUUUAGGCAGAAGGACUCGAUAGCCCUGUGGAGCGGCAGGUCUGGGGUGGGCGUGGCCUUCUUGUACCGUCUCUCUGAGAGGGACGGCCCGAGCGUCCGGAAGGGGAGGCUGGCAGGCCCCCCCCUGCCUCUGCCGGGCCUGAGGCCUGGCUCCCCGUAUGACCUGGAGGUGGUGCCAGAGUGCGAGGGUGGCGAGCGUGGAGCUCCAGCUGUGCUCUACUUCAUCCCAGAGGAAGUCCCUGGCAGUGCCCCCAACGAUGCCCCUGGAGACAUCCUGCUACCCAGAGUUGUUGACUCUGCAGACCAAACAACAGAUCACCUCGGACUGCAGGUUCACCUCCCCAGCCAUGAAAUGUUCCUUGUUGUGCCAUGGACAAUGCCGCCAUCGCUGGAGGAUCCGAGGGCAGAAGCUCGAGUCCUGCUGGAGGGCAUUAUUAAAAGCAAGCUGCAGAACUUACUGAGUAAGUUCUGGCCAAAAGCGGAGGUGCAGCUGAUCUCGUUUGAAGACAGCGAGAGGAAAACAAAAACCAAGAUCACUUUUGAAAGCUUUGAUGUUUCCAGCCAGGAUGGGGUAGUGAUCCUCCGCCCUGAGGAGCAGCUGCAGCAUAUUAUCUCUCUCGGCCACGCCCACAUCACCGUCACAGACGACAGCAUCUACUGGGACGACCCAGAUGAGUGUGACUCCCCCGCCCUGAACAAGUGCAGCUCCAACUCCGUCUGCAUCAACACCCUGGACUCGUUCACCUGCGUGUGUGAGCCGGGGUACUACAGCCUGAGCCCCAUCCUCAGCCCUGCCUGCCACGAGAAGGGGAUGUUCACGCUAUGCCUGAAGGACCAUGUAUCUGGGGGCAUCUCCAAGCCUUUCCUCAUCCACUACUUUGGCGGGAAUGUGACUGUUGUUCUCAAUGAUGGCCGCUGCUCCAUCAACGAGACGGACAAGUUUUAUUAUUACAGGAUAACUGGCGCCCCCUUGCAGUGUGGAGGCCAAAUGCUUAUUAACAGGACGCAUGUGGAGUUGAGGAACGCGCUGACUGUGACGCUCAGCAGCGGGAGAUCCAUCACACGGAGGGACCUGAAGGUGCUGUGGACCUGUGCCUACCCGCUGCUCCAGACCAGCACAGCCCGCAUGAAGCCUGGUCUGGACUGGGUUACCUCUCACAGUGUGGUGCAGGUGAAUUCGUCCCGCCUCCUGGAGAUCAGCAUGGCCUUGUACAGUGACUCAUCUUACGCAUACAACUACACUGGCCCUGUGGAGCUCCCUUCUGCAGAGCAGCUCUACAUCCAGGUGACCCUGCACUGUGAGAACAGCCUGGCCUACAACAUGAGCCUACAGCUGGAGUCCUGCUGGGCCACACAGACCGCAGACCCACAAGAGGAGAAGAAGGCUUUUUUCCUGAAGGGGGGCUGCCCAAACGACAGAACCUUCCACUGGUACCUCCAGAGCAGUUCCCCUCAAAGGAAGAGGUUCUCUGUUCAGAUGUUCACCAUGUCUGACCACUCCCACAUCUACCUUCACUGCCUGAGCAGAAUAUGCAGCCAAGAUGAGAACUGCACAACGAACUGCUCUCCCAGGCAAAACCAAAAGGUGAGAAGAGAUCUACCGGACAAACUCACAGCUAUUCUUUCAGCAGGACCCAUCUCUGCAGCAAAGAGGAAACUGACAAACUGGCCUGGAGCCCAGAUCAUGCUAUCAGUGGCCGGAGGAUUGAUUGGCCUCUUUUUUCUGACAGCACUGGGUGUGCGUGCAGCACAAGCUAUAACACAGCGCAACCCCAGACAUCAAUAAAGUGUGUAUACCUGCA